GGCACUUUAAAUAUGGAAAAAGACACGCUGCGCUCGGGGAGCCUCUCCACACGCCUCCGCCGACAAACAAAAGCCUCGUCCAAGAUGUUACCGAGGCUCGAGCUGAUCGAACGCAGCUCGAUAUGACGCCUGAGUGUUGCGCGUUCAAAGCGGUCAUUCCUGCGAGAUAGCAGCGCCUCCGCCGCUUCUUUCCUUCUCUUUCUUUACCCACUUGGGGGGGAAAAACACGCACAGCGUGACUGCCAGAGUAAGUGAAGAUUUACCAGAACCGCUAGGGGAAACUUUGGAGCGAGCAGAACCGGUGGCGGACGGAUCCGAAUCAUCCGCGAAAGCGAGCAGUCACCAUGACUUCCGAAAAGAACAAAAUGGAGGAUGAAGCUGUGUUGGACAGAGGCGCAUAUUGUGUCAAACAUGUCUGUGAAGAGGAAGUGGAAGGUCACCACACCGUGUACAUCGGUGUGCACGUUCCCAAGAGCUACCAACGGAGGAGACGCCACCGACGCAAGUCCAGCCACAAGGAGAAGCGCGAGCGGGCCGAGCACAGCGCCGAGGGGUACAAGUCGGACGGGGACAACGCCGACGAGGCCUCCACAAACAUCCUGAAGCCUCUCAUUUCCCCGGCCGAGAGGAUCAGGUUUAUCCUGGGAGAGGAGGAUGACGGCCCGCCGCCCCCUCAGCUCUUCACGGAGCUGGACGAGCUGCUGUCGGUGGACGGGCACGAGAUGGAGUGGAAGGAGACGGCCAGGUGGAUCAAGUUCGAGGAGAAGGUGGAGAAGGGCGGCGACCGCUGGAGCAAGCCCCACGUGGCCACGCUGUCCCUGCACAGCCUGAUGGAGCUGAAGGCCUACAUCGAGAAGGGCACCAUCAUGCUGGACCUGGAGGCCUCCACGCUGCCGCAGAUUGUGGAGGCCAUCGCCGACAGCCAGAUCGAGGCCGGGCAGCUGAGAGCCGAGCUGAAGGAGAAGGUCGUGUACACGCUGCUGCGCAAGCAUCGCCACCAGACCAAGAAGUCCAACCUGCGCUCGCUCGCCGACAUCGGCAAGAGCGUCUCCAGCGCGAGCUGGCUUUUUUCCAACCAGGAGAACGGUAGCCCGACUACCACCCACCGAAACCUCACCUCCAACAGCCUGAGCGACUUCUCCGACAAACCAGAGAAGGACCAGCUGAAGAACAAGUUCAUGAAGAAGCUGCCGCGCGACGCCGAGGCGUCGAACGUGCUGGUGGGCGAGGUGGACUUCCUGGAGACCCCCUUCGUGGCGUUCGUCCGCCUGCAGCAGGCCGUCAUGCUGGGGGCUCUGACCGAGGUGCCGGUGCCCACCAGGUUCCUCUUCGUGAUGCUGGGCCCCAAAGGCAAAGCCAAGUCCUAUCACGAGAUCGGACGAGCCAUUGCCACGCUGAUGUCUGACGAGGUUUUCCAUGAUAUCGCCUACAAAGCCAAGGACAGACGGGACCUGCUGGCCGGCAUCGAGGAGUUCCUGGACGAGGUCAUCGUGCUGCCUCCCGGCGAGUGGGACCCCGACAUCAGGAUAGAGCCCCCCAAGUCCCUGCCCUCCUCAGACAAGAGGAAGAACAUGUACGCCGGAGGGGAGGCCCCUCAGAUGAAUGGCGACACUCCCCACGAGGUGGGACACGGAGGGGGAGGAGGUCACCAAGUCGGAGAGGAGCUCCAGCGCACCAGAAAGUUUUGCGGAGGUCUGGUCCUGGACGUGAAACGGAAGCUGCCGUUUUUUGCCAGCGAUUUCUACGACGCGCUCAGCAUCCAGUCCCUGUCGGCCAUUUUGUUCAUCUACCUGGGCACCGUGACCAACGCCAUCACGUUCGGAGGCUUGCUCGGAGAUGCUACAGACAACAUGCAGGGAGUGUUGGAGAGUUUCCUGGGCACGGCGCUGACGGGAGCGGUGUUCUGCCUGCUGGCCGGUCAGCCCCUGACCAUUCUCAGCAGCACGGGCCCGGUGCUCGUGUUUGAGAGACUCCUCUUCAACUUCAGCAGGGAGAACGCCUUCGACUACCUGGAGUUCCGGCUGUGGAUCGGCCUGUGGUCGGCCGUGUUCUGCCUGGUGCUGGUGGCCACGGACGCCAGCUUCCUGGUGCAGUACUUCACGCGCUUCACCGAGGAGGGCUUCUCGGCGCUCAUCAGCUUCAUCUUCAUCUACGACGCCUUCAAGAAGAUGAUCAAGCUCGCCCACCACAACCAGAUCAACUCGGGGUACGACCCCGAGCUGGUGACGCAGUACGACUGCCGGUGCAUCCCCGGCAACUCGUCGGAGCUCCUUGACAUCUCUGCCUGGACAAACAGUACUGAUUUGCCAAUGAACGCCACCUGGGCGUCCCUGAACCGGCAGCAGUGCCUGACGUACGGAGGGCGCCUGGUCGGAGAGGCCUGUGGCUACGUGCCUGACAUCACCCUGAUGUCCUUCAUCCUGUUCUUCGGGACCUACACCUGCUCCAUGUGUCUGAAGAAGUUCAAGACGAGCCGCUUCUUCCCGACCACGGUGAGGAAGCUCAUCAGCGACUUCGCCAUCAUCCUGACCAUCCUCCUGUUCUGCGGCGUGGACGCCUUCGUCGGCGUGGGGACCCCGAAGCUCAUAGUGCCAAGUGAAUUCAAGCCCACGAGUCCACACAGGGGCUGGUUUGUGCCUCCUUUCGGGGGGAACCCUUGGUGGGUUUACCUGGCGGCCGCACUUCCCGCGCUGCUGGUCACCAUCCUGAUAUUUAUGGACCAGCAGAUCACUGCAGUCAUUGUCAACAGGAAGGAGCACAAACUCAAGAAAGGGGCAGGCUAUCACUUGGACCUGUUCUGGGUGGCCGUGCUGAUGAUAGUCUGCUCCUUCAUGGGUCUGCCGUGGUACGUGGCUGCCACCGUCAUCUCCAUCGCCCACAUCGACUCGCUGAAAAUGGAGACGGAGACGUCGGCCCCUGGGGAGCAGCCCAAAUUCCUGGGCGUCAGGGAGCAAAGAGUCACCGGAAUCUUUGUGUUCCUGCUGACUGGACUGUCUGUCUUCAUGGCCCCUAUCCUCAAGUUUAUUCCCAUGCCGGUGCUCUACGGUGUGUUCCUUUAUAUGGGUGUGGCUUCGCUCAAUGGCGUGCAGUUCAUGGACCGCCUGCAGCUGCUCCUCAUGCCGGCCAAGCACCAGCCGGACCUCAUCUACCUGCGACACGUCCCCCAGCGGCGCAUCCACCUCUUCACCUUCAUACAGGCCCUGUGUCUGGCCUUGCUCUGGGUCCUCAAGUCCACGGUGGCGGCCAUCAUCUUCCCCGUCAUGAUCCUGGCGCUGGUGGCGGUGCGCAAGGCGAUGGACUACGUGUUCUCCCAGCACGACCUCGGCUACCUGGACGACGUCAUCCCGGAGAAAGACAAGAAGAAGAAGGAGGACGAGAAGAAGAAGAAGAACAAGAAAAAGGGAAGCAUUGACAGCGACGUGGAGUUUUCUGACUACCCCUAUCAUGAAAAUAUCCCCAGUAUAAAAAUCUCCAUGGAUAUGAUGGAGCAGGAGCCCAUGUUGGGGGUUAAAUCUGUGGAUAGAGAUGAAUCCCAGACUUUCGCUGGCGCACAUUCACCGUGCUGAGCACCACCACCGGUCCCCCACAGUGGCCGAGUAACCUCGACAAAGGGUCGUACGCGAAGGGUUUGCCUCAAAUUCGGAUCGACCGGGACUCGGAGAACAACGGUUUCUUCUGGAGGAAGGGCUCCGAAACGGACCUGUGAAUGAAUUAUCCAAAGAUGCAGCGAAACCAACUGAACAAACCCAACCGCCCUCUUCCCCCAAUGACAUUUCCUCAUAUUAUUCUUUGAGCGAGGACCGAAAUCAGUACGAAUCACGUGAGCGUCUUAAAAUUCCGACUACUUUGAUUGUUACGGAGGACACGAUUCAAGUGGAAUCAACUUUUUAAGGGGCAUAAUAUCUUCUUCACUUCUUUACAGUCAAUGUAUUACUUAGUUUUUACUAUGUAGACGUUUUAAUACAUAAGCAGCCUCUUCCUUCCACCUUCUAAUCUUCCUAGUACAGUAUGUUGUGAUUAUAACUACUGGCUUCUUCAGAAUGAGUCAGAGUUGGAGGCACCGCACACGUGAAAUCCUCCGAUACUUGUACUGAACAAAAGGUCAACUGUACUCGUUGGCGAGGGGACGUUCAUUCUGUAUUUAUGGGCAUAUGAAUUAUUUAUCAAGCAUCCGUCUACGGCUACAUAUCCAUAAAACACUUCCAGAAGAUUCAGCGUGAUGAGAAGUGAACGGUUCAACGCCGCACAGACUGGAAACCUUUCUUUGUUUUUAUCCUAAUAGUUUUCUGUAUUUAUUAUAUUUAAGCACCGAGCAAAACACUUGGUUGAAUGUGAAGUAUGGCUUCAACGUGUAGUUUGUUUUAGCUCCAUCAUUUUUGAAAUACGUCUUCCACGGCUUCAUCCACUUGCUUCCCUGCCUUAGUUGUGGUGUUGGUAUGGUCAGUACCAACUUGUAGCUCUACCUCCUUGCUGUCCAACGGUUUAUUAGAAUAGCUGAUCAAGACUUUUUAUUUCAAAUGAAAUAAUGAAUAUCGUGACAGGACAGUAGUUAUGCACACGGAAGCUGUAGCAGGUAAUGAAGCGAACAUCCAUCAAGAAGCUGCGUAUUUGAUGACAAUCAAUGUAGAACCAAGCGUCUGUAACAGUUCACACAUCAAUGAGUCUAUUUGCUCUCAGAUGCUCAUAUUUCAAGUGGCACCAAAUACAGUAGGAUCUGUAUUUACUCUUCGCCUGUUGUUAUUAAUAUUUUUAUAAAUGAGUUUUAAAGGGUAAUUCCACCAAACUACAUUUAGGCAGGUUGUUCCAAAAGGACAAACAUUAUUAAAACGCUACCAAACCGAUACAUUACAGGGAAACGACCCCUAAAAGUAAGUUGAGUUGAACUUUUUAAAACGUGAUCAUAUUUAAAAGCCAUUAAUGUGAGAAAUUCUCAAUCUCUUUUUUUUAUGCAGUGUGUGUUUUUAUUCAUGUUCAAAUCAACAAUCGAGUUCACUGUGACGUGGUGGCAACUACUGCUUUUAGUGCUUCACUAUCAGAUGAACGUUUGCAGAGAUUAACAUUAUUGCACAAUCAUUUAAAAAUCCAGUGAGAGGCGGUUCGACGAGCAGUGAAACGACCCGGGAGGACUCGAUCAGGCUCCUCCCGCCGUAUGAAGUAGACACUGUAGGUGACUGGGUUGAUUCAUGUUGUGAAGUUGAUUGUAAUGCAUCUCAAUCAUUUAACAUGUACCUUCAUUUCUGAGAACCACAACGUGCACAGACUGUGGUGUUUUUAUCCGUUGUAGUAGAAACAAACAAGGGCUCUAAUUCCUGCUUUCACAAUGUAAAUGUGGUUCGUGAGAUCGUUAAAGCUGCUUUGAACCAAAAAUCGAACACCUUGUCUUCCACCCUUGAUCUGUAUAUCUUGACUUUUUGACAACAUGGUUCUGAUUCCACAACUAUUGUACUAAUUUUUCCAAUGUUCUAUCUUUUAUACAAGCACCCUAGGUGCUCAUAACCAUAGGUUUACCUAGAAGGAAACGGACGCCAGUGUUUUUUGUAUGGGGCAGUGUCUCGAAUGAGAACAAUAAAGUCAUGUGAAUGAUUCUUAAA